ACCUAAGCAGUGCUGCAAGAUCACAAGAGACACCCUUUCAAUGUAAAGUUCAGAGUCUUCUGGUGAACGCUGCAGGACAGCCAAGAAAAGAGAAAGUGAAAUUACCAUCAUCCCUUCAGGGAAGAAAACCAAACUCCAUACCAAAUAAAAAGAUAGAAGAUCCUGUCGCAGGAAAAGUCAACACAUCUUCUCUUGCAACAAGAAGGCAGCAUCUUAGUGGCUUCUAUCUCAUUCCACCCAGAGUGACGCUUGGAGUGCUAAAGGAAGGCUGCACCUAUGCAGCCACUGUGAUCCUGAAGAAUGUUGGUGUGAACUUCUCAAGGUUUCGGGUGAAGCAACCACCUCCGCACACAGGACUGAGAGUGAUGUACACACCAGGACCGGUGGCAGCAGGCUUGCAGGUUGAACUGGAGAUAGAGAUUUUUGCCAUGGUAAUCGGAGGGGAAGAUGCUGGUGGCCUUGAAGAAGUUUCCCAUGAUAUUGAAAUAUUAACAGAAACAGAGACCCUUCUCCUGCCUGUGCGAGCAACUGUGUUAGCCAGUGCCAUUUACGAGCGCCGCCCACGAGGAUACCCCCAGGGCGGGAUGGCAGCAACGGUCCGGGUAGUUCCUACAAGCCCCACACCGCGGCUGCGCAUUACGCUACCCCGAAAGCUUUCUGGUUCACUUUUCUGCAGAGACAGCCAGCGGUCCUACAUCAGUCCCCUUGGGAAUGUGUUCUGGGCACUGAGGCAAGCCACUGUUGUUGGCACAGACGGGUCACAGGUGAUACACAUCAGAGAACCAGAGGGAGAAUUCAGUGGAGAAACCUGUCAGCACCUAUGGAGAGAGGACAACCACGUCCCACCACCUCCUUUUUCUUCCAAGGAUUCUUCCCAAAUCCCAGUGACAGCCAACAGAGACAAAAGCGAAGAAAUUCCACCUCUGUCCAACUUAGAUCAAAGGAGGUACCUGACAUCAUCAUGA